AUGGGAGCUCCAAGCUCGGGAGACGUUUACAACAAAGGGAAGGGCGGAGGAGAGGCUUCAACAGCUGAAUGUUCCUUCCCAUCCCCAUGCCUCUGCCCCCCCACCCUUCCCUCCGCCGCUGCAGCACGCGUGAUGGGAGCUGCAAGCUCAGGAGACAUUUACAACAAAGGGAAGGGCGCCGGAGAGGAGACAGGCUAUGGAAAAGAGGCAGUGGCUUAUGGAAGCGGAGGGAUGGCAGGAGGAGCAGGAGGAGGAGGAGGAGGAGGAGGAGGAGAGAGAGUGCUUUCACCAUUUGAACUGGCAGCAGCACGAAUUGGACUAGGAAGGCAAGGGGGGGCGCCGUUGGGGGGUGAGGGGACGGGGUUGGUACAUGCUGGGACGGGAGGAGGUAUGGGAGGAGGCAUGGGAGGAGGCAUGGGAGGAGGCAUGGGAGGAGGGAUGGGAGGAGGCAUGGGAGGAGGCAUGGGAGGAGGCAUGGGAGGAGGCAUGGGAGGUGGUAUGGGAGGUGGUAUGGGAGGAGGUAUGGGAGGAGCCCAGCAGCUCGAAUCAGCCCGCAGGGAUGCCAGCAGCAGCAACAACGCAGAUCUCACCAACCCGGCCGCUGCCUCCUUUGCUUCCUUCAGCUUCCGCAGCAUUUCCCGAGGCAGGAGCAGUGCUGGCAGUGGGUCGUUCGGCUCGGGUCGGUCCUCUGGGUCCUCUCUGGGUUCGUUUGGUGCUGCUGGUGGGGCUGGUGGGAGCGGUGGGAGUGGUCGGGAGGUGGGCGGGAGUGGGAGAGCGGGUGCGGGUGACGCGGGGGAGGGGAGUGGGAGGGUGGUGGCGGCGGGAGUGGUGGGCGCGGGGGCGUAUGGGGACAUGUAUGCUGCGCGCACGGACGGGGGGAGUGCGUGGGCGGUGAAGCGGAUGAGCGAGGAGGCGUGCUCGGCUGAUGCUGGGCCUGCGGCGUUCCAACACGAGGUGGCGCUGUUCGCAUCGCAGGCACACCAGCGCCUGGCGCGCAUAGUGGGGCUGUGCCACGAGUGUGGGGAGCGCAUGGUGGUAUACCAGCUGCACUCGCCGCUCUCCUCCCUCUUCUUCCGCCUGCACCGCGCCCCAGUGGACCACUUCCUGUCGGCGCAGCAGCGGGUGAACGUGGCGAUAUCUCUGGCAGAGGGUCUGGCCUUCCUGCACGCGCACUCGCCUCCCCUCGUGCACCGCAACGUGAAGCCCACCAACGUGCUGCUCUCUCCCAACGGCCACCACGCGAAGCUAACGGACUUCUGUUUCGCGCAUCCAGCACCGGGCGAGGACGGGGUGAGGGUGCCACAGCAAGCGCAGGAGCAAGGCUAUGUCGCCCCAGAGCUGCUGCUGCCGCCCGUGCUCUCCUUCUCCCCAGCCACUGACGUGUACAGCUUCGGAGUGAUUCUGCUGGAGCUGCUAACAGGGCGUCUGGCUGUCAUGCCGGAUCCAGAAGACCCGGAGGAGCAGCUAGUCAUCACAGACUGGGCCGUGCAUUUCAUUAACGAGAAUCAGGUCGAGCUUAUAAAGGAUCCCCGCGUCUUCACACCAGCUACAGCCGCCGGUUUCACCGCCCUCGCAGCCCUAGCAGUAGACUGCAUCAGAGUGCCGGCAGUAAGGCGCCCUCCCAUGCCCUCCGUGCUGCAGAGACUGAUGGAUAUUCGCAGGAACGUGUUUGGGUUCCCGGCUAGAGCGCCUCCUGAUCCCGGGUUUACCGGGGAUAGGGAUGGGGACGGGGGGAGCGUGAGUGGCAGGGGCGGGGUUGGUGGUGGUAGUGGUGGGAGUGGGCGGUUUGGGAGGGAGAUGUUUGGGAGUGGGAGGCAGGGUGGGAGUAGUGGUGCUGGUGCUGGUGGUGGUGAUGGUGGUGAUGGUGGCGAUGGUGGCGAUGGUGGCGAUGGUGGUGAUGGUGGUGCUGCUGGUGGUGUAUAUAGUGCCAGUGCAUAUGCGAUUGGUUCAAGAGAGGGGGAUUGGUCUCGGGAAGAGCAGAUGGUCGGGGAGGGUGAGGAGAAGGAGGGAGAAGGGUACAGCGACAGAGACGAAGUGGAAGAGGAAGAGGAAGGGGAAGAGGACGAGGGAGAUGAGGGAGCACGCGGGUUGCAACAAGGAUACGCAUUCGAGCCAGCAGCAACAGCAGCAGCAACAGCAGCAGCAGCAGCAGCAGCAGCAGCAGCAGCACUGCCACUUAUAGCAGAAGAGCGCUCGGAUGAAAUGACAAUGGAGGAGGAGGAGGAGGAGGAGGAGGAGGCGAGUAGUGGCAGGGACGCUGCAUAUUACACACCUUCAGAGGAACAGCUCUCUGCUAUAGACGACCGCUCUGCAAGAGACGAGCUCUCUGCAAGAGGCCAGCUCUCUUCUAUGGAGGACCUGUCUGCAAUGGGCGAGCUUUCAGCCAUGCCCAGUGCAGGCCUCGAUGCUUCCUCUAUAGCAGCGGACAGCAGCGUGCCCAGUGACAUGAGCGUGGAUCGCUUUAGCGAGGAGGCCUAUAGCGAGGAUCAACUGUACGGGAGUGAAAUCAGUGGGGGUGAAAUCAGUGGGAGUGGGAUCAGUGGGAGGGAAGAGGUGAGGGAGGGGGGGUCUAUUGGCGAGCAGAUGAGUUCUAAGUAUUACAGUUUGGAGCAUGUAUACUCAGUGGGUGAUUCUCAGGCUUUCUCUUCUCCUGCUGCUGCUCCUGCUCCUGCCUACCCACCUGCGUCUGCAUCUGCUGCUUCUGCCGGUGCUGCUGCCGGUGCUGCCGGUGGUGUUGCUGCUGCUGGUGCUGCUGCUGGUGCUGCCAGUGCUGCUGCUGGUGCUGCAGGUGCUGCCGGUGCUGCCGGUGCUGCCGGUGCUGGCAGUUUCCCCCUUGCUACCCCUUAUGAGGCAGACGCAGCUGCUCUUUCCGACCCGUUAGUUCCUUUCUCCCUCUCGUCCGAAUUACAAGCCUCCUCAUCUGCUCCUUCCGAACUCGGCAUCGGCCUCGGCCUAGGGUUUGCAGCAGGGGGAAUGUAUUUUUCCAACCUAAGCGAAUCCGUAUGGCCACCAAAGCAGCAGCAGCAGCUGGGUCCGCGUGCUGCUAUUGCACCGACUCGUCGGAAGGCAGUGCUGGGUGUUCAGAGCGAGAGGGAGGGGCCGUGCUGA